AUGCGGGCACUCUAUGGGGCCCCCCAUGCCAAUGACCAAGCCGAUCCGGAUGAACCCACUGACGACGACGCCGAUGCCAACGACGAAGCCGAUCUGGAUGACACCAGUGAAGACGACGGGGAAUUGAGGGCCAGCCAAGGCCGCAACUACAACCAUGCUUGGAAUCGAAGAGUGAAGGUGCACGCCAAGGGGGGACAUGUGGCCAAGGCCCUGUCUCCCAAAAACGUUUCGCCCAAAAAGCUGGUGCAACGUGGGCGUUCCAAGAAGGAUGGCCCCACCCGCCCCAACUGGUGUGAUGAGUUGGCCAAGGGGGAACAUGCCGAUGAACUCGGUGGACGUUGGUUCCUGCUGGUGACCAACAUGUCACGAGGCACACUGAUUGUGCCCAACAGCAAAGCCGGCAAACCUUGCGGGAAGUGCCGCAAGAGCUUGAAAAAGCCGUCGGCAGAAAACUGCCAUCACUACACAGAAGCUGGUGAGAACCUUCAGGGUUCAUUCGGCAACCAAUUGCCGGGGCUUGACGAUGAGUAG